AUGUUGUUCUCCAACCUCAUCACUACUGCUCUCUUGGGCUUCACUUCUCUCGUUUCAGCGGCCGACACGAGCGCCUGGAAGUCUCGUAGCAUCUACUUCGUUCUCACCGACCGUGUUGCUCGCAGCAGCAGCGACACUGGAGGCGCAUCAUGCAGCAACCUCGGCAACUACUGUGGCGGAACUUUCAAGGGACUUGAGUCCAAGAUCGACUACAUCAAGGGCCUAGGAUUCGAUGCCAUUUGGAUCACUCCGGUCGUUUCAAACAAGGCUGCUGGAUACCAUGGCUACUGGGCUGAGGACCUAUAUGCCAUCAACUCAAACUACGGCACUGCUGCCGACCUGAAGAGUCUAGUUAGCACCGCUCAUGCAAAGGUACGACUAAAUCAGGCAACAUCAAAAUAUACAUCCACUAAUCCUCUAAAGGGCGUCUAUGUCAUGGUUGAUGUCGUUGCCAACCACAUGGGACCAGGUGCGAUCACGAACAACCGCCCUUCGCCGCUGAACCAAGCUUCUUCAUACCACUCCGCUUGCGACAUCAACUACAGCAACCAAGGCAGCGUCGAGCAGUGCCAGAUUGCUGGUCUCCCUGACCUCAACACUCAAUCGUCCGAGAUCCGCAGCGUCAUGAACACUUGGGUUUCUUGGCUCGUCAAGGAGUACAACUUCGAUGGCGUUCGCAUCGAUACCGUCAAGCACGUUGAGAAAGACUUCUGGCCCGGGUUCUCUUCUGCGACGGGAGUUUACAGCAUCGGCGAAGUGUUCGAUGGCAACCCUACUUACCUUGCCGAGUAUGCUAAGCUCAUGCCUGGUCUUCUGAACUACGCGGUCUACUACCCCAUGAACAACUUCUACCAACAGAAGGGCUCAUCUCAGGCGCUCGUAGACAUGAUGAACACCGUCAGCAACACCUUCCCCGACCCAUCUGCUCUUGGUACCUUCUUGGACAACCACGACAACAAGCGCUGGCUCAACGUGAAGAACGACCAGACUCUGCUCAAGAACGCCCUGGCUUACGUUAUCCUUGCACGAGGAAUUCCCAUUCUCUACUACGGUACCGAACAAGGUUACGCCGGCGGUGACGACCCAGCCAACCGAGAGGACCUAUGGCGAAGUGGCUUUAACACCAAUGCGAACCUCUACCAGGCCAUCAAGAAGUUGAGCGCCGCGAGGAAGUCUGCAGGAGGUCUUGCCGCUGAUGACCAUGUUCACUUGUAUGUAGCGGACAACGCCUACGCCUGGAGCCGUGCAGGCGGUAACCUUAUCGUUCUUACUACGAAUGCUGGAAGCACCUCCAACCAGCAGCAUUGCUUCAACACCCAAAAGGCCAACGGAAAAUGGACAAACGUCUACGGAAACGGCGCCGCGGUGACUGCCGACGGCAGCGGCAGGAUUUGUGUAACCGUCAGCAAUGGUGAGCCCAUCGUCCUCACUGCUGGCUCCGCUACGCCCACCACUGGUACCACCCUUACCACAAAGACUGCCACUGCUACGUCGACCGCAUGCCCGACAGCUGUCUCUGUCUCUUUCACACACCGCAUCACCACCGUUCCUGGUGACACCAUUAAGAUCACCGGUAACACUGCGCAGCUAGGCAACUGGACGCCAGCUAACGGUCUCACCCUUUCGGCAAACAGCUACACUUCUAGCAACCCCGUCUGGACCAUCACAAUCCCAUUCGCGGCCGGUUCAUCGAUUCAAUACAAGUUCGUGAAGAUCAGCAGUGGCGGAACAGUGACAUGGGAGAGCGACCCGAACAGAAGCUACACCGUACCCAAAUGCCAAGCGAGCGCGAGCCUGAGCAGCUCGUGGCAGUAG